AAUUAUCUGACACACCACAAGGACUUUCAGUCCCACCUCCAUCUCAUCUCUCUCUGUCACUCUCUCUCUUUUUCUUUGACACUUCAAAAUCAGUACAUUCAAACACAAUAAACUUCAGAAGACAAACCGAAAAAGGGGAUAUCAUUUUUGGCUCAUAACUUUAUGUUCUCUGCAUUUAGACACCUCUGUCACACAAAACCCAACUGGGAUAAACCCUAUUAUUGCUGUGCUUUGCCAGGGGAUGUCAGUCACAACCAAUGACUCCAUUGAUCCAUACGUUUGAAUUUUGACUUUAUACAUAUACAGUCUCAAACUCUCAAACUCAAGCUCCAACUCCAGCUUUUGCCAUGGCUCAUUUUACAAGUUCUGGAUUUGGACAAGAAGAAGGGUCAUCUCAAAUAGGGCUAAAUCUUGAGCUUGGAAGAGGGGUAUGUCAGAACAAAAGAUCAUCUUCAUCAUAUCAUGGCUUCACCAUUCUUCAACUACAUGAGCUUCAGCUUCAAACCCUAAUAUACAAGUACAUAGAGGCUGGACUACCUGUGCCUUAUAAUCUUGUUCAACCUAUAUGGCAAAGCUUUUCUAGCUCCAUAACUGGUCUCAACAAUGGGCUAGGAGUUGUUGGCCCAUUGUGUUUGGAUUCAAGGAGAGGGAUGGAAAAUGAGCCAUGGAGAUGUAGAAGAACAGAUGGGAAAAAAUGGAGAUGUAGCAAAGAAGCUCUUCCUCAUCAAAAGUACUGUGAAAGACACAUUCAUAGAGGGCGUCACCGUUCAAGAAAGCUAGUGGACUCUUGUAAUAGUAAAACGACAACAAUGGCUAAUACAAGUACAAGUACUAAUGGAGGUGGUGGUAUUGGCUCAACUAUGACUGAUCUUUCAAUUUCACUCCAUGUAAAUGAAAACAACACUAGAGGCUUUAUCUUCCCAAGGUUAGAUUUUCAGCCUAAUUAAAUAGUGUUCCUCAUGAAGAUUAGAUAUAUAUAUAUAUUUAUAGCUAGGUAUGUAUUAAGAGAAAAACCUUAUCUUGAGAACUUUUGUUCUUGUUUUUUUGUUACCAUUAGAGAAAUGUUUUUGGGGAGUUUUUAUUUA